UCUUUUGUUCAACUGCUGUGUCAGUGUUCUUCGGGGUUACGGCGGGGUCGAAUACGGAACCACCCCGGGUUUGUGGGCCGAGGUUCCCACAAAAUUGGCGCCCAACGUGGGUGUUUUCGACCCGUCGUACCGUUUUCCCCGGAGGGCACGGCAUAGUUGCAGUUAGUGUGCAUUUUUGUUUGCUUUCUUCGUUCUGCCGCCGUCUGCGUUGCAACGCAGGUUCUUCGACCGGAGAUGCCUCCCAGGAAGAAGCACGACCCAGACAGUGACGAGGACGAGCCUGCGCCAGUGGCUGAGGACUUGCUUCGACAGAUGGCAUCCCUCUGUACGUUACUGACGCAGCAGCUUGGUAGCAGCACGCCCGCCGCCCAGCCGUCCCCGGACACGCAGCUGCGCCUGAACUUGCCGGUACCGACAUUUUCGGGCUACAGCGACUCCAAGUCGGCUGAAGAUUUCCUCGCCGACUUGAGUGCUUACCAAACUGCCGUUGGAGCCACCGACGACGUCAUUCUGCGUCGAGUACUUCCCGCAGCGCUGUGGCCUUGGUCCCGCUUGCGUGCCGAUUGCAAGAUGACAUCUGCAACAUUGGACCUUUCAUCGUGGUGCGCGUUUUGGGCAAAGACGUUGCAGGUUUGGUGGACACCGGAGCAGCUGUUUCCCUGAUCGGCGACACCAUCCACGACUGGUGCCGGGAGCGGAACAUCUCGGUACGGACGACCAGGACUUUCCUAAGGCUCGCCUCUGAUGCGGUUGUACCUGCCGGUGGCGCGGUGCGCCUUACCUUGACUGUCGAUGGACAUCGGGUCAGACAACGCUUUGUUUACCUUCCUGGACUGGCAGGAGCAAUGAUCCUGGGACGCGACUUCAUUAUCCGG